UAUUAAAACUGUUUGCAUAUAACUACUUCUCUUUUGUGGACAUUUAAAACACCCCUUCCUUGCAACUUUCCCGGUGUACCGGAAAACUGACAUGGGGUUAGUUAAGGCGGCGGUUGGCGAUGGUGUGUUGACUUUUUUGUGGGUUGUUUGUGCUUCAUGUCUUGGUGCUGCUACUUCUGCUAUUGCCAAAGCUAUUGGCAUACAAGGGAUGGCUUCACUUUUCAUCACAAUGUCGCUUGUGUUCAUCCUCUUGUUUAUAUUUGGUGUCAUUGCGACGGCGUUAGGUGGCGCUAGUUUUAAUCCUACUGGUACUGCCGCCUUUUACGCAGUUGGAGCUAGUGGUGAUUCUCUUAUCUCCGCUGCAGUUCGGUUUCCUGCUCAGGCGAUAGGCGCAGUUGGAGGUGCAUUGGCGGUUCUCGAAUUCAUGCCAUCGAAAUACAAACACAUGCUAGGAGGACCUUCUUUGAAAGUAGAUAUGAAUACAGGUGCAAUGGCUGAAACCAUUUUGAGUUUCACAAGCACCAUGUGUGUCCUCUACAUCAUCCUCAGAGGCCCGAAAAGCAUGAUUAUGAAAAACGGGUUGCUUUCAAUGUCGAUGAUGACACUUGUAUUCUUCGGUCGAGGUUAUACCGGUCCUUCAAUGAAUCCUGCUAAUGCAUUUGGAUGGGCAUAUGUAAACAACCGACACAAUACAUGGGAGCAAUUAUAUGUUUACUGGAUUUCACCAUUUGUAGGGGCAAUUUCGGCAUCAUGGAUUUUUCGUUUCCUUUUUCCUCCACCUCCAAAGGUGAAAUCUGCCUGAAAACAAGCCGGAUUCCGGCUUAACGGUCACCGGAAAAGUAUUUAUUCCCUUUGUACCCCUAGUAACAUAUAAAAUGACACUUAUUUGUUUUGUGUUCAGUUGCAUUAUACGGAAUAUAGUCUUUUUAACAUCUUACGAUUA